AGCAUGAUGAAGACUAACCAGAGCAGCGUGUCUGAGUUCCUCCUCCUGGGGCUCCCCAUCCAGCCAGAGGACCAAGCCAUGAUCUCCGCCCUGUUCCUGGCCAUGUACCUGACCACGGUGCUGGGGAACCUGCUCAUCAUCCUGCUCAUCAGGCUGGACUCCCACCUCCACACCCCCAUGUACUUCUUCCUCAGCCACUUGGCGUUCACAGACAUCUCCUUCUCGUCAGUCACGGCUCCAAAGAUGCUCACGAACAUGCUGACUCACACUCAGUCCAUCUCCUACGCUGGCUGUGUUUCCCAGAUAUAUUUUUUCUUAUUGUUUGGUUGUAUUGACAACUUCCUUCUGACCUCCAUGGCCUAUGACAGGUAUGUGGCCAUCUGCCACCCUCUGCAUUACAGCACCAUCAUGAGUCAGAGCCUCUGUGUCCUGCUAGUGAUGGUGUCCUGGGUAUUUUCCUCGACAAAUGGCCUUGUGCACACUCUUCUCUUUGCUCGUCUCUCUCUCUUUAGAGACAACACUGUCCACCAUUUUUUCUGUGACCUCUCUGCCUUGCUGAAGCUGUCCAGGUCAGAUACCACCAUCAAUGAGCUGGUCAUCCUCACUUUAGCAGUGGUGGUCAUCACCGUGCCCUUCGUAUGCAUCCUGGUCUCUUAUGGCCGCAUCGGAGCCACCAUCCUGAGAACUCCCUCCAUCAGGGGAAUCUGCAAAGCCUUGUCCACGUGCAGCUCCCACCUCUGCGUAGUUUCUUUGUACUAUGGAGCCAUUAUCGGGCUAUAUUUUUUCCCGUCCUCUGAUAAUACUAAUGAUAAAGAUGUCAUAGUGGCUGUGAUGUACACUGUGGUCACGCCCAUGCUGAAUCCCUUUAUCUACAGUCUGAGGAACCGGGAAAUGAAAGGAGCACUGGGGAACAUCCUCAGCCGGAGAGCGUGUUCACAGUGA